UUCUCACUCUGCUUUUCUCUCUCCUCUCAAACCUAGUCGGCGUGUUCGCGACCAACCCUCUCUCACUCUUUUUUCCCCGUCAAUUUCUCAAUUUUUGUCGUUGGAGGAAGUAAAGUUGAGAUAUUUAGAGAAGAAGAGUGAUGGAUUCGGACCAGGGGAAGCUUUUUAUCGGGGGUAUUUCUUGGGAGACUACUGAGGAGAAGCUCAAGGAACAUUUUGAGGUCUAUGGUGAGGUUCUUCAGACUGUCGUCAUGAAGGACAAGACAAAUGGAAGGCCCAGAGGAUUUGGGUUCGUUGUUUUUGCAGAUCCUGCUAUUCUUGAUAGAGUUCUUCAGGACUCCCACUCCAUAGAGGGUAGAACGGUAGAAGCCAAGAGGGCCCUAUCUAGAGAGGAACAACAAACAUCUUCUAGGACAGGAGGAAGCAACAAUGGUGGGAGAAAUUUUGCAAGUGGUGGAAACUAUAGGACCAAAAAAAUAUUUGUUGGAGGCUUGCCUCCUUCCAUCUCAGAGGAUGGGUUUCGUCAGUACUUUGAAGGUUACGGAUCUGUUACUGAUGUAGUCAUUAUGUAUGAUCAGCAAACCCAAAGGCCUCGUGGUUUUGGAUUUAUUUCAUUUGAAAGUGAGGAUGCAGUUGAUAGGAUUUUGCAGAAGAAUUACCAUGACUUGAAUGGUAAGAUGGUGGAAGUGAAGCGUGCUCUUCCUAAAGAUGCAAACCCUGGUGGUGGACGUUCUAUGGGAGGCGGUUUAGGCUCUGCCGCGAUUGGUGGUGGUGGAGGUUAUCAGGGUUAUGGUGCUUCUGGAGGAAAUUCAGGUUCUUAUGAGGGAAGGAUCGAUUCAAACAGAUAUUUACAGUCUCAAAACAACGGAGGCACAUUUCCUCCUUAUGGUUCUACUGGUUUUAAUGCCCCUAGUUAUGGUUACGGUGUUGCCAAUAACUAUGGUGCUUAUGGAGGUUAUGGUGGUGCCAAUUCUGGUUAUGUAAACCCAAAUGGCCAACGUGGAUCAUGGAACACUCAGGCUUCAUCAGGAUAUGGUCCUGUUGGGUAUGGAAAUCCUGGCAGUGGUGGUCCUGUUUCAGCAACUAUAGGCCAGUCUCCUGGUGGAACUGCUGGUUAUGGAAACCAAAGCUAUGGUUAUGGUGGCUAUGGUGGAAACGACGGGUCUUAUGCAAAUCAAGCUGCAUAUGGUGCUGCUGGAGGUCGCCCUAGCAGCAAUUCUUCAACUGUAGAAAUGCAUGGUAAUUUUGGAGGCUACAUGGAUGGGAGUUCUGGGUAUGGUAAUCAAGGAUGGAGAUCUGACCCUUCAGGGAAUUAUGGGUCUCAGCCGAAUGGGCCUGCUAGUGGUGGACAGGUUGGGUAUGGUGGUGGUUAUGGAGGUCCUGCAGCUCGACAGGUUCAACAACAGUGAUUCUUUUUUCGAAUCCUUACACGUGUUGUUAUAUCGAAAGAAGGAUCAGCAGUUGGGAUUGGUUGGAUUGCUUUACUCUUGUAGUUUGGGUACUUUACUUUAUUAGCUUAAAAUAAGUUGUGUUUUAUGAGGACUAGCAGUUUUGUUAGCUUAUUUGAGUGUAGUCUCUAUGUUCUGUGUGCUUAUACCAAUUGCUGUUAGUUUUUAUUGUCUUAGUACUUGUCUGCUUGAGCUGAUGUUACUUAUGUAGAACUUGUUUGGUUUAAUCUUAUCUGCGUGGGUUAUUUAUAUUAA